AUGGUAUGUUCUUUCUGCCACUUGACAGUAACUUGUUCAUGUAUUUACUAGGCGGGAUAUCGAAAAUGUUUGGAUAUUUUUAGUUCUUUGUUACUUGGUUUGAAAGAACUUUUGUGUUAUCGAACUUUCUCGUCCAUGGUCUGCAUAAUGUCUAUGGUCUUCAUUAAUCUCUGUGGUCUACAGUACAGGGACUAACACCUAUAUAUUUAUAUAUUUUCUCGACUAACACCUAUAUAUUAUUCUUAAAUGUGCAUAUUCGCCGUACUUUUGAAAUAGCAGAAAACGAAGAAACGUAUGUUUUUUGGGGAAUGUUAUUUUUGGAUACAAAUAAUUUCUUGCUAAUAUGAAAGUGGUUCUGAUGUUACUGUGAGUAUAUCCACACCGGGCAAGCUGAAAAGUUGGCCCGACCACCGUGGGAAUUGAACCAACUGAGCUAUACGAGGUCAAGUCGGUUCGAGUGUGUGGUAUUUCGGAACUAAGUCUAGUACCUUUGAUACCAAUGUGUUCUUAUGAUCAUGAUAUUCGGGUUCGAUUCCCACCGUGGUCAGGCAAACUUUUCAGCCUGCCCGGUGUGGAUAUACACUCAGAGUAACAUCAAAAGCAUUAUGUUCACCUGAGUACAUAACAUCAAAACACACACCAAAAAUAUCAUAAUAUGAAGAUGUUGAAUUGAGUGCGUAAAUGAAUCGGGAUUGUGAGCAUCGACGUUCUAUAUGACUGAUUAUGCAAGGGUUUUGUAAAUGGAAAUUUUGGUUGUGAAUUUUAUACAUUAGCAGAAGUUGGGAAAAGUGCAACAUAUAGAGGGCCUACAUAUAGAUACAUUUUUCGCAACUGCUCCUGUCUAGGUCUAUCGUGUCAUUUUUGAUCAAUCAACCCUUGGCGCAACCCUUGAUUGUCAAUAUAACCAACCCCUGGAGGCUGUUAAUACCAUCAAGCUCCUGGGGAUAAAUUUGACCUCCGAUCUUAAGUGGACUACACACAUCAGGCACAUAUCCUCCAAAGCAAGCAAACGUCUGUACGCUUUAAGGAUAUUAAGAAGAAAUGGUGUCCAACCGAGUGAUCUUAGGACAGUAUAUUGUAGUUUUAUCAGACCUGUCUUGGAAUAUGCGUGUCCAGUCUGGCAUACCUUGUUACCAAAGUUCCUGACUGACGAAUUAGAGCACAUUCAGAGACGUGCGUUCAAAAUUAUUGUUCCCCACUUGUCCUAUACUCCGAAAGCCUCAAAGACCUAAAGUUGCCCACUCUCGAGAAGAGAAGGGAACAAAAACAAUUAUAGUGACACUUCGAGCAAAGUUUUUAAUCUAUUACCUGAACCUUUAGAUCGUCGGUGCAAUCUUAGACAUUCCCGAUCUAUCUCACUUUUUAAAACCCGAACUAUACGCUAUAAUGAUAGUCUUUUGCCAUAUUGCGUACGCAGAUGGAACUCUUUUUAACCUUUUAGGCUUCUAUAGAUUAAUAUAUCAUUUGUAAAUUAGCAAUCCUACGUUAUUGUAAAUAGUAUUACCACUGUAUCUAUAAUCUGUGUAUACGUAUUUUGUUCAACUAUUUUUAAACUAUGUAAACUUGUGUUUUUCAGUUCGAUUUUGAACUGCCAUUCAACUAUUUUUUAAUAAAUCUAAAUCUAAUCUAAUCUAAUAGAAUGUAUAAAAUUCACUCUUGAAAUCUACAUCUAUACAGAACCCUUGAAUUGAGUGGGCGUAUAAUCGGAAGUUGUCUAUAGUGUGCCCCUUUGGAAGCGGCUGUGUUUUUGCAAGCGGCUGUGUUUUAAAGUUGUUGUGUGUUAAAUGAUAAUUCGAAAUCCCCAAAACUUGAUAAAAUAGCCUCCCUCCCCCCUCUCUCCCCAAAAUAACCCGAAAAUGGCACUCAACACACUCUAGAUUUCAAAGAUUUACAGUACAUACAAUACUAACAAACCGUCACAAAUGCAAAACAAGGAAAGACUGGGUUAUUAUCGUUGUAAAAACCUCUGACUUUAUACAGAGGACUUGAUACAGGAUUGUACAAUAUGAAGCUGUCGAGUCUCAGUCUCGCGUGUUCGCGAUUUUGGAAAAAAAUCAGUGAUCUUCGACUGUCUUGCUCUGCGUUCCAACCCUGCAUGGUUCUAAUCAAUCGCUUUGAGCGUGGGAGAUAUUGCUCUUGAAAGGGAAUUUGCCGUGUCGGUGUUCACAGGCGUUUUGAACUAAUUUAAAAUUUUGUCUAAAUUUAGCGCGAGUGGCCGAAUUAACGGGAUGAAAUUAUAUAGGGUUAUACUGUUUAGGAUUUCAAAAUGUGGCCGUUGCGCCCGUUGGCCGUAUGAACGGGUGACCGCACUAACGGGGUAUUUUCUUAAGAAAAUGCAUGCCCGUUUUGCCCGGCAUUGAGAUGACUAGCCUUCCGAGAGAGACGUUUCUCUUUGUAUGAAAAUAUUGUCUGUUGUUUUUUUAGAUUCACAGUCUUCCAAAAGAUAUCAAAGAGGUAAUUUGUAAAAACAACCAAUAAAAGAAAAACACACAGUAAAAGUUUCAAAUAUAAUUCAUUGGAUUAAAGUAUAGAAAACAAACUCCGAAUUCCAUCAUGAAACUGAACAUUUAAGUCGAGCAAGAGGACACUAUGUUCAACAGUGAUAUUUCGAAUUUAUUGCAAAUUCGUCAUCAGACUAAUUUACAAAAGCUAAAGCUGGUUUUCCAUUAGGCGGAAUUUUGCGCGUGGAACGGAAUUCUUCUUUGUCUUUUCUAAUUAGUUCCACCUAAGAAAUCACGAGACAAAGAAAAAUUCCGCUCCGCGCCAAUGGAAAACCGGCUUUACGUAGGUCACAGAAUAAAGAUCCAUACAGAAGGGCCACUUACGUCGGAAGCUUUGAAGUUUCUGUCCUUGCGCAUGUCGCAUUACGCAUGUUGCCCGCCAUUUUCCUAGCCAGUCGAUGACAUUUUCUGACCAAUAAAUACGCUGUACUGGCUGGCUGCUCCGCCUUCUGGCCAGUAAACUGCAUAUUUUUGCAUUAAAAACGAGGACACGUUGCACCGCUGAGUGGCCCUUCUGUUACUGAUCUUUAUUCUGUGCCCAGGUCUAUAUAUGUGCAGGCGUGAUUACGUCGUAAACAGGAAGAAAGCGUUGGCGCGGAAGUGUUAGUGCAAUUAGCCAUUCUGAAGUUAAUUUUGAAGAGGACUGGGGACGAGUGUUAAAAAUGCCCAAAUUAAGAAAUGAACCAAAUCACUAAAAAGACCACCUCAAAAUUAGUAAUAAUACAAAGUUUGAAGACGUUUACAUGAAUACCCUUCGAAUAAUAAGCUUUCGAAAAUCGCGAUAUUUACUAUGAUAUGUACUGUAAUUUUUGUUUUUGCGGACGCGCGUCCCAAAAACAAUCUUUUUAAUCAGUAAUUUCACAAUUUUCGAAAGCUUAUUAUUCCAAGGGUAUUCAUGUAAAAGUCUUCAAACUUUGUAUGCUUACUAAUUUUGAGGUGGUCUUUUUAGUGAUGUGGUUCAUUUCUUAAUUUGGGCACUUUUUAACACUCGUCCCCAGUCCACUCAUCAACUUCGGAAUGGCUAAUUGAGAGUUUACACUUUUGUAGCGAUCUUUUUGGCGAAAGAAAAUUAGAUUAUUCAGUAAUCGUCUGUUUAAACUAUUUGAUAAAUGGCAUUCUAGGACUAUGUAUUUAAUUUGUUGUAACAUGUAUUCUGCCUUUUUCUUGUUGUAGUUAAAACAAUUAACGGAGUUGUUUGUUUAUGGUAAUAAGCUUGCAUCGCUUCCGACAGAAAUUGGAACUUUAAGCAAUCUAAACACAUUGGCUCUUAAUGAGAAUAGUUUGACAGCUUUGCCAGGUAAGGGCGGUUUGAAUUUUGUCUUCUAUUUAACCACGUUUUUGGGCUUGCUACUAGUUGUACGGCAUCAAGACAACAAGAGCAAUGUAACAGCAACAACAACAACAACAUCGAUAGCAACAUUAUAGCAACAACAACAACAACAACAACAACAACAACAACAGCAAUGUUACAACAACAGCAACAGCUGGCAACAUUACAGCAACAACAACAGCAGCUGUGAUAGCAACAACAACAACAACGUCGAUAGCAACGUUAUAGCAACAACAACAGCAAUGUUACAACAACAGCAACAGCUGGCAACAUUACAGCAACAACAACAGCAGCUGUGAUAGCAACAACAACAACAACAACAACAACAACAACAACAACAACAACAACAACAACAACAACAACAACGUCGAUAGCAACAUUAUAGCAACAACAACAGCAAUGUUACAACAACAGCAACAGCUGCCAACGUUACAGCAACAACAACAGCAAUUGUGAUAGCAACAACAACAACAACAAAACAACAAUAACAACAACAGUGGCAAGAAAAACAACAACAGCAACGAUAGUAACAUUACAAUUUUUCCUAAAGUAUUAAUUUGUCUCGUCAAUAAAAUCCAACUGUGAUAAAACCUCGAGUGUUUAUGUAUUUUUCAGACAACCUUAUCAACUUGUCCAACCUAAAAGUUCUGGACUUGCGACAUAAUAAACUAAAAGAGGUGUGUAGAGAAUGGAUUAGGCUCAGAUCAAACGAGUCUAUGAGAGUGCAUGAGAGUUGACAGUCACGCGAUCUUGGUUAGCUGUUCUUAAUGUUUUCCCAACACUAUCAUGUAUUCUGUUUAAGUUAAAACAUAGUUGGAACAGUUAUCAAACCUUUAUUUUGUUAAUCUAGAGCUUGAAGUGUCCCCCGUAACAAUGCGUGACUACCAAUUCGAGGGCUUAAAGUGCGACUAACCUGCACAAAUAUGAUAUUUUGUAUGUGUAUAAUUUAGGUCAUUCGAAGAAGUAAUGUAAUAUAUCUUUAUAAUAAAAAAUCCCAUCUUGAUCAACGUUCCCACCGUCAAAGUUUCCUGAUAUGAUGUCAUUAGGUGAAUGGACCUAUUCCUUAAUGAACAAAAUUUUGAUCUAGACAAGUCUAGACAGACAUUUCACCACAGCUUGAAAGAGCAUCACAAAAUUAGUAAUAUUCCAAAGUUUCGUUGCGAAAUGUUGUAAAAUGUGCAUAAUACAUACCUGUAGAUUUUAUUUUUGUGGAGGUAGCCAAUUUUUAAAUGGAGCUAGACUAUGCCACAUUCACGUACCCAGAGCCCGCCUUAUACACACGAUCAUCAACAGAGCAUGACAAGGACGCGGUGUACGAGAAUGGGUUUGCCUCAACAGUCAACUGCAGAUCAAAAUUUAGCCUCUGAACGAGAGCAAAAUGCCAAGUGUGUCAAUGUCCUGUUUAUGUGCAUAUUCUGGAUAUUUCAGUCUUAUUUAAUACAGCGGAAUAUAGAAGUGCAUUCUGAGAGUUCUUGCAGUUAUUCCAGUUAGUCAGUAACUCCUGGCUUAGAUAACAAGCUCCAAAUGAUUUUUGGAGUUAGCAACACAGCAAGUAACUUCAACCUUACAUGUAUGUACCUAGCGGCUAUAUGCUGACUCGCCUCGCUAUACACAUACUUUUUGGAGUUAGGCAGUAACUCGAGGCUUAAAUACCUUGUUUUUUCAUGAUUUUUGGAGUUAUAUGUAGCUCUAAAUGAUUAUUGGAGUAAGCCAGUAACUCCAGCCUUAGAUGCCUAGCUCCUAAAUGAUUUUUGCAGUUGUAUACUUAUAUAGCUCCAAAUCAUUUUUGGAGUUAGCCAGUAACUCCAGAAUUCAUAUUUCAACUCUUGAAUUACACAUUUACACAAGUUACUCAAGUGUAUAUUUUGGUUUGGAGUUAGCCCUUUAGAGCUUGGAGGUAGCGUCGCUCCAUAACUUCCUACUUUCUACAGGCAUGGCAUAAUAUAGCCCUUCGAAGUUUGCCGUUUUUCAGUCAUUUUGUAUUACGCGCGGGAAAUUGAUACCGCGUUCUGAAAAAAGGUAUCAAUUUCCCGUUCGUAAUACAAAAUGACUGAAAAACGGCAAAUUUCGCAGGGCUAUAUUAUCCGCAUUUUACAACAUUUUGCAACGAAACUUCGGAAUAUUACUAAUUUUGUGAUGCUCUUUCAAGCUGUGAUAAAAUUUUUGUCUACACUUGUUUAUAUCAAAAUUUUGUUCAUUAGGGAAUAGGUCCAUUGCAAAUUAGUUUUCCUUGUUUUUUUUUGUACCAAAAAUUCACCAAAUGACAUCAUAUACGGACACCUUGACCGUGAAAAAGUUGAUUAAGAUGAGAUUUUUUACUACAAAGAUAUAUUACAAUUCUUCUUAGAAUGACCCAAAUAAUACAAAUACCACAAAUUAUAUAUAUACUUGGGGUUAGUUGCACUUUAAGGAAUUAACUAAUUCUAUUGUGUUCGUGAAACUCGUUAAUGAUUCACGAAGAAAACACAAAAGAAAUCAUGAGCGUGAAGGAGUUUGUAUAUCUGAUACAAAAUCAUGCUGAUUUACAUAAACUUCAAAGGACAUUUGGCAAUUAAAAAUUAGUUUGUCUCAUUCAAAAGAAUUCUUAAAGUUACACAUUAAACUCUAUUACCGAUUUGUUAUAUCUUGCUUAGUUCUCGAAAUAUUUAGACUGAAAUUAAUAAGCUGUCCGCCAUCUUGGACUAAUUCUUGACCUCAUUAACUAUGGUUUUGAUCACGUCAGGAAUUGGGUUAACCAUAUAAAACUGCUCUAACAUGACCGAGUAACAAUCCAAAUUUUUUUGAAAUCAUUUAUAAAUUUCAGACAGCAAUCAGAAACGAAGUUUUGGAUCAUCGACCUUAUUAAUGGGUCAGGCUAAUUACUCUCAAGAUAAAAAAAUUAGCGUGACUCCUUUCGUGACGUAACAUGCAUAUCCUCAAUAAUCCAAGAUGGCGAACAGCUCACUUUUUUCAGUCGAAAUAUUUUGAAAACUAAGCAAGAUAUAAACAAUCUGUAAUAAAGUUUAAUAUAUAGUUUUAAGAGUUCUUUCAGAUUUUUUAUUGUCAAUGUCAUUUAAGUUAAUUUUCUCACCAAAUACAUAUAAAGCAUUCGUAUCCGUGUUGUAUCAUACAUACAACUUCUCGCCAAGUUUGUAUAUCUGAUACAACACGCGGCCGCUCAUUCUUUAUCUAUUACAUAAAAUGUGAAGUCUAUUCUUAGCUAAAUCUUGUCAUUUUCAGUUCAGAAAUAAUAUUCUUUCCUUAUUUUAAUAAGCAUGCUAUCUCGAUCAAAGGCCUUUUCCGUUACGGUAUAGCUUUAAUUCCCCGCGCAGAACAAGCGAACAUGCUUGACUAUACGCCUUGUAGGUUCCCAUGUUCACUGCCGUUCGGUUGCUUUGGGGCUUACAGACACAGCCAUGAAAUAUAUCAAUCUUUUUCGUAGAUUCCAAGUGUGGUGUACGAACUCACGUCAUUGAUAGUUCUUUAUCUUCGCUUUAAUCGCAUUACGUAUGUCGAUCCAGCGAUCUCAAAUUUACGGGUGAGUGACAGUUUAGAGUAAAGUUUAGAAUGAAACAACAAGGUCUUUUGGCAUCAUUGCCAUUAAAUCCUGGUUUCCAUAUGGUCGUAAAGAUUGAGUCACGAUCUUUCUCAUCAGCCGAAAUACAACAGUUUAGAACUGAAAAUACACGGAGUGAUUAUAACUAGAAAAUACUUAUGAUUUAUAUGUGAUGUUUGUGAUGUUACUCUGAGUGUGUAUUCACACCGGGCAAGCUUGAAUCGAAACUACGACCUUUGGAAUACUAGCCCAAUGCUCUGCCAACUGAGCUACGCGGUCAGGUCGGUUCGAGUAUGUGAUAAUUUCGGAACAGAAUCUAGUUCAUUCGAUAUCAGUGCAAUCUAGUAGUCAUGAUUUUUUCUGUGUUGGGCUAGUAUUCCAAAGGUCGUAGGUUCGAUUCCCACCGUGGCCAGGCAUAUUUUUCAAGCUUGCCCGGUGUGGAUAUACACUCAGAGUAACAUCACAAGCAUCGUAUUCACCUGAAUACAUAACACCAACACAGAAAAAAUCAUGAUUUAUAUGAGGUUUACAGUCAUAAACUAUUAUAAACUGGACCAUUACGACCAUAUGGAACAUAGUGUGUCGUGAAGUGUUUGUUGUGAAUGAUUUUUAUGCUUGUUUCGAUAUGGUUGUAACUGUCGUGACACUGUCGCAAGUUAAUUUCGUACCCAGGGAUCGUACAAGCAGCUGGCGGCUGUUUUGUUAAAUCAAAGAAAAAAAACACGGUGCCUCCAAAUUAAUGGGAGCUUUGCCCCUCCCUGAUUGUCGCAAAACUGUUGCCACGCUGUCAUUUUUCUGUUUCCAUUAAAACAUAAACGUCACGACACGUUUUUAGCCUGUUGCAACUGUCGUCGAGAUAAAACUCGAGUCUAUCUCGACGACACUGUUGUAUCUGUCGUGAACUGUUGUCAGCGUGUCGCGACAAGACUUUCUUCAUGUUUCCAUUUGGUCGCGAACACCACUCUGACGACAGUUACAACACGUUCGCGACAGUUACGACCAUAUGGAAACCAGACUUAAGAGCUACAUCAUAUAUGGAUUAUGGGCACAAGUCGUAAGCGUGCAAAUCAAUUAGUAUAGGUAAUAGCAUAGUUUCGAGUGCAAUUUGGAUAAAACAUGCACGUUUGCGGUCUUUGAAAAACUUACGAGUGUUUGUUUUAUCCAAAUUUCACGAGAAACAAUCCUAUUACGUAUUAAUAAUAUACAUUAAAAUGUUCGAGACAAUUGUAGUUGUAUAUAACAAGGUUGUUGUCAAGCCGAUCUCAUGAUCAUGUGUUCGCACUGCUUGUUCCCAGUUGUUGUGACAAGUCUGAAACAAGUUGUUAUCACCUUGUUACAAGGUUGAUGACGGUAACAGACUUGCUACAAAUUGUUUCAACAAGACUAAUACAGGCUGUGUUCGUAACGGGUUGCUACGAGCUUGUUGUCAUCGAUUUGUUAACAACUUGUCACGUGCAGACGAUAUCAGACUUGUUGGAACAACUUGUUGCGAGUCUGUUGGCCUUAUCAACCUUGUUACAAGAUGAUAACAACUUUAUUAUUAUUAUUAUUAUUAUUAUUAAAUUGAAACCACAUUGCAGCCAGAAGCUGAAUUGCGUGGAUUACAUAUUAUCACAUGCACUACAUAUAAAUAUAUUAUUAAUACAAUAUUAUAAAACCCACCCACGAUCAAAAUUCGAUUAAAAUAAGCAUAAAAACUAUCCUACAAACUUCCUACACAUAGCAGGGAUGAAAGAGUUAUAAAAACGGUUCGUGCGUGUAACGUACAUAUUAAAAUACCGAUUCGUCCUGAAAGAAUAAUCAGUCUCGUUCUUCGGGGGCAGCAGAUGAUGAAGUUUAUGCAUUGGAUCCUUGAUGAUACUCGUAAAGAGUUUGUCACACAUGUCCUCUCUUCUUUGAAAUAGAGUAGGCAGUCUAUAAUACUCAAGGGCCUCACAAUAUGUUUGUAUUGUUCCAGACUUGUCAACAACUGGGAACAAGCAGUGCGAACACAUCUUCUUGACAAGCUGUGAAAUUUUUACGCUUGCAUAGGGCGCGAAAUAACGGCCAACUCAAUUUUAGCUCGGACAUACCAAAUUUCUGGCCAGUCAAAUUAUUCAGCUUAAAGCAAAGUCUAGUAAAGUAUACCCCUAAAAAUGUGAGUAAUGUGACUAUUUUCCCAGUAUAGCAUUACAAAAAGCCUUACUGUAAUCAGUAGCCUAAUUAAAAACUCCUUCACAUAAAACAGCUUGCACUGCGCUAAGCCAAAAGCAUGGCCUUAACUCUUAAGCCAAAAGCAUGAGGUCCAUGCGCUUUGUGACGCACUGCGUGGGAAAGCUGCAGUACAUUGAAGUUCUUUUUCCGCAAAACAUUCGACAACAUGUUAUGGUUCUUAUUAUAAUACUUGACAACUUUGUUUUGAUUAUUAAUUCAAUUUGUUCUUUUACCGAAAGUGGCCGAUCAAAAUGACCGGCAAGGUAACAAUUUGACCGGACAACUCCGCAUUCUGACCGGACAUUGUCCGUUGACUGGCCUUUAUUUCACGCCGUGUUACAUGCUGGUAUAUACACUCUUUUGAUUUUAUAAGAAUCUUGUUUGUAACAAUACCGAGGCCAAACUCGGCAAAAAAAUGAAGACUAUUCUAAGAAUACACGCAAGGAUGAGCUUUUACAUUAUCGUUGACAUCAACCGUGAAGCAUAUUCUUCAGCAUCUUCAUUGCUUCGACGCGCAUUAACGGCCUUUUCCAAAAAAACACCACAGAAUUUAAGACUCGAAUUUAAAGCAAUAACUGUCAUGGACCACGAGUAAGCCACUCUUAGAUUCAUUUUGUCAUUCUUGUAAACACUAUAGCACAGUAAACCAGGUAUGUAGCAGAGAUAACUCAGAAAGACCACAAGCGCGCAGGAUUUAGCCAAUUUAACUUCUUGCAACGAUUUUCUCCGCUUUUCAAAUUCUGCCGAGUUUUGUUUCAUCGUAAUUGAGAUAUCAGCAGUUCGGUUACCAGAAUAUAUACUCCUUGCUGUAAGGAAUAUUUUGACAUAAGCAAAGGUAUUGAGAACCAGAAUAGUUCCAACAAAUAAAAUAAUGGCAGUGCUGUGAAUAAACUCGGAUGGAAAUUUUGCAAAGUUGAAUACAAACACUGGCAAUGUUAGCAAGCCGUUGCAUAUGAGAACCUUUCGUUUUGUCAACUGGACUCGAUGUGCAAUCGGAUGUAGAAUACUCAAGUAUCUUUCAACUGUUAACAGGAAUAGAUUCAAAAAUGAUACUCCAGUUAUGACUUGGAAUAUUUUCUCGCAGGAAUAAAACAAAACACAAUUUGCAAAGCCCAGAACUUCGCCAGCUCGGGCCAAGCUAUAGAAUGGAAGCGAAAUGGCACCUACCGCAAAAUCGAUCGUAGAUUGAACCAGAAUUAAGAAAUAGCUCGCUUUUUCUCUCAGCUGGGAACUCCGUACGAUUGUCAGAAUCGAAACGCCAUUUAGUAAUACAGUAGGGAUCAUUAAAACACAAUUUGCGAUGCAGAAAAUAAUUUGGUUGAUUAUAAAUGUUUCCGAGGGAAAACGUAGGAUAAUAUAUAUACUUCCGCCAAAUUUCGGACAUGCUUGCAAAAGAGUAGUGUUGUUAUAGAUGGCCGCCAUUUCGAUUCGCUUUUCGUCGUUAAAUACACCGUUACAUAAACAAAUCGAUAACUUUGGAUUCGCGGCCGCGCAUGUACAAACGACGCUUUCUGUUGGGAUAUGAUUUAAGUUUAAUCAUUAUGUGCACAUGAGAUUGGAAGACUUAAUGUAUUAACAUAGAUAAUUAAGACGGCGAUGAAGUGUUAUUUACACAGGUUUUAUAUACCGAUCUAUUAUGCAAAGUAGUGUCCUAUUUUACAUGGCAACGUGCUAGAAUAUUUACACUGAAUUAGUAUAAUUAAAACGUCGGGUUGGUAUAGGGUUACAACUAUACCUGACAGAUAUACUUAUGAGAAUUUCGAUGUUUUGAGCGAAGGGCCUCCGUUCAUAAUAAAAACUUAUUGAAUAUCUAGUUUAAAAUCUAUUGAAAGCCAUUCUAUUAAGAAUUAAGGUGUUCAUGCAUCAGUUUUGCAUUGCGCACUUUUACUGCGCAUGUCUAAUAACAAAUUCUAGCUAAUAUAUGUAGUCGAACUACAAUGUAAAGUGAUAAAGAAAAAGGGCAGAACGAAAAACACUUUGCAUUGAUUAUGGGCGUGUUUCAGGAAAUAUACCUUCAAAAAUGACGGAACUCUGGCUAGGGCUCCACAUCAUGUUGCAUGUUUAACCCUUGUAUCUCUUUAAGAAGGUCCGUGACCCUACUUUUUAUUUUACAUUUUUGUUCUUCUAGACGUUUUACAUGCCAUACCAGAAAAUAAGAGAAAAAUCAUUUCUACAACUUAUAAUAUUUCACAUUUUUCGCGCAUGCUUCCCAAAAUAACAUGUCUGAGAAAAUGGGAAAGACAUCUUUGCAUCACGACAAUGCACGUCAAUGGUUUUUCUUUCGCUAAAAUACCAUCUUUUCUUGUAUAUAAUCACUAGAUAGACAUUUUUAGUAGGAUCCUUGUUAAAAAAUUUAAUAACGGUUGAGCAAUUGCGAUUGUUCCUGCAACUCGUAAAAGGGUCAAGAUGGCGCCAUAUGGAGAAAAAGGUGGCAUAUUGCACUUGUCAUAUCUUCGAAACGAGUUCGGUGACACCAAGUUUUUUUCUGUUUUUACUAUGAGCAUAUCAUAAACUUCACCCCUGGGAAGUUUCAGCAAAUUCUCAUUUCAGAACAAUUACUGAUGAAUCGCCUUCAAAAAACAAACAGUUCAUGUUCUUUCGUCCGAUAUUUGGAAAUCAGUUCGUCUCAGGAGAUUGUCCUUCGAAGAAUAGCUAGCUUUCUGUGAGGCGUAGUGCACAUUUGUCAACUAGAUCCAUUUUUAUAAGCUUUGCUUGUGGCCGGAGUGACGAUCAACCUUCAUGUGUUCAUGUGAGUCUACUAUACUAUAGGUUAAAACAUGGCUCGAAUUUUAUCGCGGCAAUUGCCGUAGAGGGAGAACAAAAUGCCGUGGAUCAUUGCGGCAACGACGGCAAUUUUUUGCCGUAUAGUGCAAUUUUUAUACUAUUCACUGUGCAUUACUACUUUGAUACUUGAAUUCAGAUGUUGAUCAAAUCAUGCGUAAAUCACAAUUUCAGUCUCAAUUUUCUUCGAAAAAAAAAACACUAAAGAAAUACGUAGACAUGUUUCUAGCUUGUCAAGAAUCCGGAGUAACAAUAAAAUUAAAGUUUUAUUUAUUACAGUAAUUUGAAAAAUGCCGUGGAAAUUGCCAAAAUUGCCGUAGACAGCUGUUACGUUCUACGGCAAUUUUAACGCCAUUGCCGUCGAUUGAUUUCAGGGAAAUUCGAGGCCUGGGUCAAAAUCAGCACAAUAUGUCCAUCCUGAUCAGGUGGGAGAAAGCCUUCGUGUGGAAAAUUUUAUCCUACUUGACUGAGAUGCCACCUAGCACCGAAGAUGAGAUCUCACCUAGCCGAGCUGACUCGUUUCUCAUAUGAACACAAAUUGGAUUUUAUGUGUGUUAACAAACGGCAUGCUGAAUUUCUAGCCGGAAAUCUGUUUUUUAAAUGAAUUCAGUGCAAUAAGACAACUGUCUGCACAAAGUUUAAUAUAUUCUGAUAUUUUAAUUUAAACGUUGGCGUAGCGUUUGUUUUACAAAUUAUCAUGUAUGUUUAUAUUGCAAUUUUAAUGUUCAUCCAUUAUUUUGGCAAACGUUGAUCUUUUAGUCUUUAUUAAAGUUAAAUCUUGCAUUAUUUAAAUGAAGCCCAGUCUUAUUUGCAGAAAAAUACCUUAGUAAUGUCACUAUGUAUCGUCCAUCGUCUACACACAAUAGGCAAUUCCAGCUUUUAAUUUAUGCGCGCAGGAGGUGACGGGUAGUAAGGUAUCAUAUUGCCGAUUAUGCUGAAAAAUUUCAAUAAAAACUGCCGAAACAACCGAUCUAUUUCAAUAUUUACAAGUAUAAGCUAUCACUCCGUGUUUACACGGCCGCCAUUUUUAUUUUUUUAGUAUAAUCAACAAUAUGCAUAUGAUAGCUUACUUCCCAUCCCUCCUUGCACACAUAAAUUAAAAGCUGGAAUUGCUUGUUAGACAUCUGAUUUUAACCCCCCCCCCCCUAUUCUCCCCCCCCCACCGCAACUCACUGUACCCCGAAAACUUUUGUAUCAAUCGCCAUACAUACCGUUUAAGAAAUUGUUCAUGUUUUUAUUUUGUUAGCUGAUCACAAAGUUGAGUCUUCGUGAGAAUAAAAUUCGAGAAAUACCUUGUGAAAUAGGUAAAGUAUAUUUAUUAAUUGAAGGGUAUUGUAGAUGGAAAUUAUCGAGCGGAAAUUUAUAUAUUUAUUACACCUAACCAGGAACAGCUGCGAAAAAUGAAACUUUAGCGCUCUAACCAACUGAGCUACAGAGGCCAGUGGUCGAGCUCUAACCACAAGUUCAUGUAUAUACUAGAGUACUGCCAUGUUAGGUUAUGGGCAAGCGCUGAAAAUAAGUUUCCAAAGGUGCUUGGCAAACGGUGUCAGGUACCAAAUGUUUGGUGUCUGACACUGGACAUUUUGUGCCUGACAAAAAAUAUUAAUGCAAUAGAGCAAAUAUAGUUUUUCGUGGUCCUUGAAAUAAAAGAAGCCAAUACAACGAAAAGCUUAGUAACAACAGUCAUAGCCUAUCGAAGGGAAGAUGGCUGUGAAACUCAUCAGAAUAACAAUAUAACUCAUUAUCUAUGUUAGUCAACGUUUAUUCAUAAAUCUGGUCCUUCACCGUCACCUGUGUAUUGUAUUUUUACCAAAUCCACCAAUAGCGAUUUCCAGUUUCCCUAUUGUUCAAGUCACGGAUAGAUGACUUUCCUAAAACAUUGCUAUUGGUUAGUUGGGCAAGAAUACAAUAUCGACACGUGACGGCGAAGGACCAGAUUUAUGAAUAAACGUUGACCAACAUAGAUAAUGAGUUAUAUUGUUAUUCUAAUGAGUUUCACAGCCAUCUUCCCUCCGAUAAGCUAUGCAACAGUUAAGUACUAUUUAAAGCACGCGUAGGAGUGUUUUAUCUGAUAAAACACGACUAUACAAGUGCUUUAAAUGGCUUAAAAAACGACUCAUCUUAUAUGAGUUCAUUGGUGAAGUAAUUUUUAAAAUAAACUUUGUCUAAACCGAGAAAAUCAAAGCUAAAGUUUAUGUAAAUUAACAUGAUUUUUUAUCACAUAUGAAGAUACGACACGCUUAUGAUUUUUCUUUGUGUUUUCCUCCUGAAUUAUUAAUGAGUUUUUUAAGCCACUAUAGUCAAUUAUAUCAUACGGAAUCGAACAAUCAUAACAUUUCCACAGGCAUAUUGUCUGAAUUUCAUAAUUUGGACAUACACAUCUGUUUGUCUGCACAGGGCCGCCGAGAGGAGGGCAGGGGGGGGGGGACAAAUUACCCCGGGACCCCACCUUAAUAGGGCCCCAACUUGAGAGCGAGAGCCUAAAAUUGAGUAGGCUUUUUAAAUUGGUCAGAGAAUUUUUGAAAUUGAGGGCCCCUUACAGUGCCUCCACAUGCAAUCUAGUUAAGGUCUAGUUGGGUCUAGCUUAAAAAUAAUGAUAUCAUGGGGCCCCCAGGGACGAUUUGCCCCGGAUCCCGCGAAUUCUCUCGGCAGCCUUGUGUCUGUAUAACAUCAACUUAAACUUUAAUAAAAUGUUUUUGUCAUUUAUAUGUGGUAUUUUUCUCUUUUUUUAAGGUUAUCUUAUUCACCUGGUGACUUUAGAUGUGUCGCAUAAUCAAUUGGAACUUAUACCUCAAGGUAGUACAUGGCUUUUAAAAUAAUAUCCUGAAAAAAGGAGAAUUUUAACGUUUCGAGCGAAGGCUUGUUUAGUACUUGAAAUAUCAACUCUGCUCUCCUUCCUCCACUCUAAGAUUGGAAAAAAUAGCCUGGUUAUUUUCGAAAGCGACGUACUAUUUCGUAAAAGCGAUUUAGUUAUUUGCCAUCCAAGAUCUUGAAGUUACUUUGUUGAAGAAUAAAAGUGGUGGUACAUUGUAAUGGACCUAUUCCCUAAUGAACAGAUUUUUGAUCUAGACAAGUCUAGACAAAAAGUUCAUCACAGCUUCAAAGAGCAUCGCAAAAUUAGUAAUAUUCCGAAGUUUCGUUGCGACAUGUUGUAAAAUGCGGAUAAUAUAUAGCCCUGCGAAGUUUGCCGUUUUUCAGUCAUUUUGUAUUACGCACGGGAAAUUGAUACCUUCUUUCACUAGUCGGUAUCAAUUUCCCGUUUGUAAUACAAAAUGACUGAAAAACGGCAAACUUCGCAGGGCUAUAUUAUCCGCAUUUUACAACAUUUCGCAACGAAACUUGGGAAUAUUUCUAAUUUUGUGAUGCUCUUUCAAGCUGUGAUGAAAUUUUGGUUUAGAUCAAAAUUUUGUUCAUUAGGGAAUAGGUCCAUUGUACUGUAUUGUAAUAUCUAAUCAAUAUACAUGACCGCUCCCCACAACCUACUUUAUCAACACAAGCUGCUGCUCAGGAUAAUUCCGAAAGCCGUGGGUAUGAUCAUAGUACUCUUUACGGCCUUGUUUACAUGAUCUCGGUUUGCCAGAAAGCUCCUUACAACUUGAGUUGUACUGUGUAAAUCAAGCAUACAACUCACCUAUGACCAUAGAGAUUAUAAAUAACACUAGAGGAGGCAUCGAUGUUAAAAAUUGGUAACGCAGCUAAUGGGGGGCAAAUUCAAGUCCCGGAUAUAAAAUCGUGCUCUCAUUGGCUGAUUUGAAACUCGUCACCAAUGGGAACGUGAAUACACAUCCGGGACUUGAAUUUGCCCCCAAUAGCUGCGUUCCCUUUUUUUAACUGAAUUAAGAUUACAAUGCCUCCUCUAGUGUUAUUUAUAAUCUCUAUGCCUGCGACAACGUAAGCAAGCCGUGUGCUUGAUUUACACAGUACAACACUCAAGUUGUAAGCAGGUUACGUGCGACAGUUUUAGGCAAAAGUUGUGUAGUGUAAAAUGUAAAUCGGCCUUCAGUUUCCAUGGGAAAGUGAUCAACGUUUCCAUAAAAGUUGUUUUAACGCUGUUGUUCCUUGUGUAGAGAUUGGAAACUGUGUAAAAAUGACGUCGCUGGAUUUGCAACAUAAUGAAUUACUCGCCUUGCCCGAUUCCAUCGGAAGCCUAACGGCGUUGACAAGACUUGGUCUAAGGUAAAUAUAAUUUAGAAUUUCAUCUAAGUCUCGAUCGGAGAUUGCACAGAAAAAUAGGCAUGUCACUGAGCAACUUUUGCAUGGCAUCGUGGGCUCAGUCAAAAGAGGCCCGCCCCAAUAUAGAAUAGAGCUUGCUCGCGGGUUACGCACGUAAAACCGCACAAGUUGUUACAAGUCUGCAAACAAGUUGUUACAAAUCUGUUCACAAGCUGUCGACAAGUUGUCUUCGCACUGCUUGUUCCCAGUUGUUGUAACAAGUUUGGAACAAGCUGUUAACAACUUGUAACAAGCUUGAUGGCAUUAUCAGGUUGUUCUAACAAGUCUGAUACAGUCAUGAUAUAACAACGAUGUUACAAGGUUGACGACACAAUGUUGUAACAAUAUUGUUAUAUCAUGACUGUAUUGGACUUGUUGCUGAUUAUACCAACAAGGUUGUUACAAGUUGUUAACAGCUUGUUCCAACGUUGUUGACAACUUGGGACAAGCAGUACGAACACAAGUUGUUGGCACAAGAUUUUUACGCGUCAUAGAUGUCAAUUUGUGGCAGCAAUUUAAGAAGAGUGCUUCCAGUUUGACUCUAGCAAAUACUACAGGUUAGCGCCAGUGGCUUUUCCUGUAGAAAUUGGGAAUUCGGUUUUCUCUUUAACUUUCCGCUGAGACGUUUUAUCAUUUUACUUGUUGUAUAUACAGUUUAUAUGAUAGCAAAUGUUGUAUCUUUUUCUAGAUAUAACCAGCUUUCAACAAUCCCUCACACCUUGGCAAACUGCACGUCAUUGGAAGAGUUUAAUAUUGAAGGAAAUCACGUGACAGAAUUACCCGUAUGUAAUGUUCUAACAACAGGAACAGCAACAACAACAACAACAACAACAACAACAACAACAACAACAACAACAACAACAACAACAACAGAGAACGGAAAUAAUAACAACAAUAACAAACAACAACAGGAAAACAAUAAUAAACAGCAGCAACCGGCAGCAACAACGACAAUAGCAACGACGACAACAGCAACGACGACAGCAACAGCAGCGACAACAACGACAACAACAACAACAGCAGCAACAGCAGCGACAACAACAACAACAACAACAACAACAACAACAACAGCGGCAGCGACAACAGCAGCAGCGACAACAACAACAACAGCAGCAGCAACAGCGACAGCAACGACAACGACAAGAACAACGGCAACCACAACAGCAACGGCAACCACAACAGCGACCACAGCAACAACAGCAACAGCAACAACGCCAACAGCAACAGCAACAACGCCAACAGCAACAACGCCAACAGCAACAGCAACAACGCCAACAGCAACAGCAACAACGUCAACAGCAACACCGACAACAACAAACACCAACAACGACAGCAACGACAACAACAAUGACAACAGCAACACCAACAAUAGCAGCAACAACAGCAACAGCAGCAAAAACAACAACAACUGCAGCGGCAGCAACACUGACAACAAUGAAAACACCGACAACAACAGCGACAACGACAACAGCAACAAUAACCAGCGCGACAACGACAAAAACAACCGCAAUAACAAAAAUAACCGCAACAACAACAGCAAUUCAAACACCACAUUAAUAACAAGUAAGCAAGUAUUAUUAUGUAUCUCGAGUGUUUACACCAAUUCUAUGUUGUUUGUUUUUAUUCUCAGGGAAGUCUCCUGGCAAACUUCAAACAGUUAAAUUCAAUAACUUUAUCAAGAAAUAAAUUCGAGAACUUUCCUUCGGGACCUCCCAAACAACUGGAAACUGUCACGGUAGGAAGAAAAAUAACCCGUGUAUUUCUCUAGACUUUUAAAAACCAUAACUGCAUACCAUUAUUUAUUAUCUUAUUUUAUUGCAGUCGUUUAAUUUGGAUCAUAACUCAGUACAGAAGAUCCCAUUUGGUAUUCUGUGCCGUGCAAAAUAUCUGGUAAGCUUGAAGUGUGUUUUCAACCUCGUGCUAAAUAGCUUUAUAAAGCUCUGGAUAGCUCUAUCAGUUCUAAACUGUUCUCUCAGAGGUCCAAUAAGAGUCAUCUCUAAUUGAUCCAUGCAGUGUUACUAUGCAGUAGGAAACCUAAACUAGACUAACUUUAUUUAUACUGGAUAGCUCUGUCGAUUUUAAACUGUUUUCUGUAGAGGUCCAGUAAAGAUCUCUUAUUGAUCCAGUGUUACUACUGGAGGAAACCUAGACUAAAGUAACUUUAUUUAUAUACUGCAUAGCUUUAUCAGUCCUAAACGAUAGCUCUAUCAGUUCUAAACUGGUCUUCUUAGAGGUCCAGUAAGGAUCAUCUCUUAUUGAUCCUGUUUAAGGUACUAAAAAUACCGUUGAAAACCUGGGGAUGCUUUUUCUUUUUCCAAAUAGUUUACAAGGAUUGAAAAUGAAUUACAAGUUCUUUUUAUGGAUUUUGUGAAAGACUGAACUUUAUUUUUCUUUUUUCAUCUAGUGCAAAUUGAAUCUUAGUAACAACCAAAUUUUGGCAUUACCUGUUGGUAAGUACGAAAAAGCUCUUUAUCCAGUAUCAUUUUAUCAUUCCAUACAUGGGAUUGAAAUACUACUUGAGAGUCAUCGCUUAUCAGAGCCUGAAAAAAUCGCCGGUACAAAAAAGGUACACGCAUACCAAACAGCCUACAGAUAUAAUCUAAAUUAUUUAUUUGAAACCCUGAAUAUAGAUUUUGGUACGUGGACAACUUUGGUUGAACUCAAUCUCGGAACGAAUCAAGUUAGCAAGUUAAAUGGUGAGGGAUACAAAUAUAUUUUUAUUCAUUUUAGGUAUAGUAAUUUAUAGAAAUGAUAAUAAUAAUAAUAAUAAUAAUGAUUUAUUAGCGAUUCCAAAUUGAAUUGGCUCUUCUAUCACUAAAUUAGCUAAUCUAUAUUAACAAGUACUAUAUUUACAAUUAGUAGCUAUGAAGAGUUAAUACAUCUAUACAGUACAUUCACACAGUCACAGUACAUAUUUCACAAAACAGAUGUAACAAAACAUAGUCAUUUAUACCCCGGCCCGAGCCUCUCGUGGGCCAAGUCUGUGAGAUAGACUUUCACACUUGUUCUAAAAAUGUUGAAAUCUUUGCAAUUUCGCAAUCUGGCAGAGAGUUAAACAGCGAGUUGAUAUUGAUAAACGUGCAUGAUUCAAAGUAUAUACGAAGCCAAACUAACUUUGUUAAUAAGCUUUAAAAGUGUUUAUGCUGACUAUUUAAAACAUGAAUAUAGUGCAAACAUAAAUGUAGUGUAAACAUAAUUAUAGUGUUUUAUCAGAUAUAAAGAUACGAGGGGAAGCCGAGUACCUUUAGGCCUGAUAAAACACUCCCAGAGAAUGUUUUAUAAAUUGUUUCAAAAACGAAGUAAUUUUCAAAAAAUAUGUUGUGUAAGUCGAGAAAAUCAAAGUUAAUUAAAGUUUGUGUAAAUCAAGGGAAAUCUCUAUCACAUAUAAAGAUACGACACGCUUAUGAUUUUUCUUUGUGUUUUCCUCAUGAAUUAUUAAUGAUUUUUGAAGCUGACUAAAACCAUCCUUACCUUGCGAAAAGUUCCAGUCCCGCAAAAGGAUACAGCAUUCAUUAUUAUAGUACAGAAUAUAAUGUAUAAACCACUUUGGCAAAAUGCGGCUGUGAUGGGCAGACGUUAUUACAACAUCCUAAAAGCCAAAAAAGCGCACAUGCAUGCAGGCUAAAAGCAAUUAAUGAUUAAUUCCAUUAUUUUUUUCAGAUGAUAUUCAUUCGUUAGUGAAUCUUGAAGUUCUUAAUCUCAGCAAUAAUUUACUCAAGGUAUAUUUGUGAAUAGAUUAUUACAUUUAAUUUUGUGGAAUUUCUAUAUCAUGUGUAUAUAGAAAAUCGUUUUUUUCCGAUCCUAUACCAUUGCUAUCAUAUUCCAUUGGACACACUAGAAUGGUUGGCGAGACAGCGACAUUUUAAGCUUGUCAGGCUUUUCACUUUUUUUCCACCGUUGGGAAUUGCAUGUAAAGCUAUUGUCUGUGUUUUGAAAUUAUUCUCAUUUGGGAUUCAAAUUCAAGUCGCUUGAAUCAAGAUGGUGCAACGCAUUUGGGCAAAUGUUCGAAAAUUGGAAGAACAUUUAAAUCUUAAUGGACCUAUUCCCUAAUGAACAAAAUUUUGAUCUAGACAAGUCUAGACAAAAAUUUCACCACAGCUUGAAAUAGCAUCACAAAAUUAGUAAUAUUCCAAAGUUUCGUUGCGAAAUGUUGUAAAAUGCGGAUAAUAUAGCCCUGCGAAGUUUGCCGUUUUUCAGUCAUUUUGUAUUGCCACCGCUUUCUGAAAAAAGGUAUCAAUUUCCCGUGCGUAAUACAAAAUGACUGAAAAACGGCAAACUUCGCAGGGCUAUAUUAUCCGCAUUUUACAACAUUUCGCAACGACACUUCGGAAUAUUACUAAUUUUGUGAUGAUCUUUCAAGCUGUGGUGAAACUUUUGUCUAGAUCAAAAUUUUGUUCAUUAGGGAAUAGGUCCAUUAAAUUUCGAAAACUGCGAUUUCAACCGACCACUCGAUCUAAAGUUUAGGUUCGUAUUUGGUUAUUUUCUAUCGUAAUCAUUCCAUAAAGGUGCAGUCAUUCAACCGCUAAAAGCCUAAUCUUUAUAAAUACGAUCAAGGGCCGUUGAUGCCGGCUCACGGAUGAGAUGAAAUGAAAGGGACAGAAAGAAUUGAGCAGUUUGCAGUUGUUUUUGCAAACAGGCACCGUGCGAAUUUGGACAUUUGUCCAUAGGCAGCCCAAAAAUGCGUGUUGAAAUUUUCACCCUCGCGCGUGGCGCUCGGGCAUGCAUCGAGUCUACUCAGUUAUUAUUAUGACAAGGUUGGCAAGACUUUUAACGGAAAUUUAUUACAACGUUUACUAGAGUAUGAAUAUUUCGCAGUUUCUAGAGUAUGAAUAUAUGGGUCAAAAACAGAAGACCUUUAAAUGCAAUAAUUAACACACGAUAUUUGAUAAUCUGUCCAAGUUGAAUUACCUUUUUGGCCAGAUUCGAUAAAUUUCUAUUAAUGUUUUUCUGCAUUUUAGAAACUUCCUAGGGGUAUCGGAGCCCUAAAGAAACUCAAGACACUUGAUGUUGAAGAAAAUCAGCUGGAUUGUUUACCGUCAGAAAUAGAGUAUUUAAGAAGCUUAGAAAUUUUAAACGCUCAGUCAAAUCGUCUACAAAACUUACCAAGAUCGAUAGGGUAUGUAUACUCAUAAAUAUCGAGAUUGUUUACAUCACUUAGUCUGAAAUGGAUCUUAAUAGUAGCAACGAAAGUGCGAAGGUUAAUCCACUAACUUUUACACCCGUUUUCAAAAAUACGCGACCUCCCAGAAAAAUACUCUUACUUCAAAUGUCAGUUUUAUGUCACAAAAACUGCUAAAAAUAGCAAACGUAAACAAACUGUCAAAAGACAUUUUAAACCGUAUUUAAUACCAAAACUGAACAAAAAUGAGUUAGAUAACUUAGAUAUGCAAACUAAAGCACAACACAAACCAUCACAACAGAAAUAUGUGCCGUGAAUAACUUUUAAAGUUUGAAAAAUAACAAUUUAUCCCGGAAUCUAGCCGUCAGUGUAAAACACGCGCGCUAGACUAUAACGGUGAUGUUAUUAUGUCUUAUGAUUUUGUAUGUGCUUAAAUUUUACAAUAAUUCUCACUAAAAUAUCUUGAAAAUCAUUGUAAGCCUGUUCAUAUAAAGUAUACAAAGCAUAUACAUCGACAAGGAACCGCAAAACUCAAAGUUUAAACUUCGUGAACAAAUAACAUAAAACUGACAUGUCAACUCUAGCAUUUUCGUCCUUGGUCGCGUAAUUUUGAAAACGGGUGUAAUAGUGGUAAAUUCAAAUGGCUUACAGCGGUUUCAAUUUAUUUGAAUGAUUUGUGUCAGAAAUUCUAAAUAUCAAGGGAAAAUGGUCCGUUCCUCACGGGGGCUACAAGCAGCUUAAGACGAGCGAUAUUGCUAUAACGUUGGUACGAGAACCAAAGUGUUCUGUUAGAAGGCGGUAGGUUAAAAGAAUAUAAAGAGUUUCUACAAAGAAUAGCAGCCAUAGAUCCGAAUAGUGAAUGCAAUUUGGGCGUAGACGAUUUGGAUUCAACGCCUCCGCAAAAUGCUUCGCUAAAGAAUAUUAAUGACUUCAUGGUACAUUCGAACUUAGCGGGAGUUGAAGUGUUGGAUUUGGAGGACUCUUAAUUGCGCUAUCAGCCUAUCUGACAACAAUAUAACAAAUGGAAGUUUUCAGGGCUGCGAAGAAAGCGUUUCAUGCGUCGAAGAGAGUGUGCUUCACACUGUCGUUAAACGUUUGGAGACCAAAGUAAGCUUAGUUGCAGUACACUUUAAGUUCUUUAAGUUCAAAAGGAUGUGUGUUGUUGAGGUCUACAAGUAAGUUUUUACAAGUCUGUUCACAAGCUGUCGACAAGUUGUGUUUGCACUGCUUUCCCAUUUGUUGUAACAAGUUUGGAACAAGCUGUUAACAACUUGCAACAAACUUGAUGGCAUUAUCGGACUUGUUAUACAAGGUUGUUCUAACAAAUCUGAUACAGUCAUGAUAUAACAAGAAUGUUACAAGGUGACGGCACAAGGUUGUAACAAUAUUGUUAUGCCAUGACUGUAUCAGACUUGUUGGAACAACCUUGUAACAACUCUAUUAACAAGGGUGUUACAAAUUUUUAACAGCUUGUUCCAAACUUGUUGACAACUUGGGACAAGCAGUGCGAACACAACUUGUUGACGGCUUGUUGGCAGACUUUCUACAAGAUGUGAGAUUUUUGCGCGUGUAGUUGAAUACAGGGGGGUGCGUUCGAAGCCCUAACUUUCCAUCGGAGUCCGACUCCGAAGGACGAGUGCAAUUUGAAGUCUUUGAAAAACUCACGAGUGUGUGUUUUUUCAAAUUGCACGAGAAACCAUACUAUUACUUGUUAAGAGGCAAUUUUUUUCAAUGUCACGUAUUUACAAUGAAAAGUGUUCAAAACCUAAAAUCUUUUUGGCGUUCCUCUCAGAAUCACUUUGUUUUUGCUUUAUUCUCUAGUUUAUACAGUUAGCUACCUUUUUAAAUGCAUCUGCCGGUUGAGAAACAUAAAAUAAUAGUUAAGAAUUGUCAAUUAAAAUACAAUUAUCAAUGAUGCUUUAAAAUUGACGCCAUUUUUAAGCCAUAUAAGCAAAACUUACUGAACUUCAGACAUUAUUUUCUCUUUGGCGUAUCAUCUAAAAUCUCUUCAUUUUAGCAUUAUUUUACAGAUAAAGCACUAAUCAUACUUUUUAAGUUUGUUUGCCGAUUGAGAAACGUAUCGAAAAAUAAAAAUUUUGAAUUUAGUCAUAACCUCAAGUGGUAUAUUAUACGUAUUAGUUUUGAGCGCGUGUUACGUAACAUACAAAAAAAUCUCCUAAUAAUAUGCAUGAAAAGUUUACACGCUUCGAUACCACCUGUGGACUCACCUACGCCUUCCAAGCAUUAUUUUCAUUGCUUGUUACCAAUCCUUUUCAGUUUAUGUGCUCCUUCUACUUAAAUUGUUAUAUUCACGUACGAUUUUCCAUUGAAAGUGCGCAAAAAGUCGUCAAAAAAGUGAAAAUUUACAUUGCUACUAUCUGUCGCCAUGUUGGUUUUUCCUGUCUCGCUUCCAGGCUCUGCUCUUGUUUUGUUAAUAGCAUACACUGCAGUAAUAUUUCAAAAAUAAUUGCCCUGCUCUUAUAGCCAAUCAGAAUUGAGUAAUUUUUUCAUCUAUAUUAAGAUAAUGAUAUAAUUGCUUCUACACAUAUAGGUAUCUUAACAACCUGACAAAGCUCAGCGUGGGAGAAAACGACAUUACUUAUUUACCCGAAGAAAUAGGUAAGAUGCUUGAUAAAUAUAAAUGACAGUGUUGUAAAAGUGAGUUAGUUUUUGGGACUAGGAACACAAAUUUCUAGUGAUUGGCAGGAGUAAAUAAUUAAUGAAGUCACACCAACAUUAAGGUGAUUCGUCAAUUUUGCAUCGUGCACUUUUACUGCGCAUAGUCUAAAAAACAAAUUCUAGCUAACAUAUGUAGUCAACUGUAAAGUGAUAAAGAAAGAGUAAGGGCAAAGAGAAAAACACUCUGCAUUGAUUAGGCGUGCUUCAGGAACUAUACCUUCAAAAAUGACAGAAAGAACUCUAGCUAGGGCUCCCAGUGUAAUUAACACGAAACCACAUGAUGUUGUAUGUUUAACUCUUCUAUACUUUUGUUCUUCUAUACGUUUUACAUGCCAUAUCAGAAGAUAAAAGAAAAAUCAUCUCUACAAUUUAUAAUAUUUUACAUUUUUUGCGCAUGCUUCCCAAAAUAACAUGUCUGAGAAGAUGGGAAAAUACAUCUUUGCACCACGACAAUGCACGUCAAUGGUUUCUGAUUCGCUAAAAUACCAUGUUUUCUUGUAUAUAAUCAGCAGAUAGACAUUUUUAGUAGGAUCCUAAUUGUUAAAAAAAUUUAAUAACGGUUGAGCAAUUUGGAUUGUUCCUGUAACUCGUAAAAGGGUCAAGAUGCUAUUAUAGCUAAAAUUAGCUUGCAGUAAUGUUUAUUUCCCAAACCGGUUUGACAUAUUGUUACAAAUGGCCAAUCACAUGCGAGAUUCAAAUUCUGAACCUAAUCAAGUGUGAAAGUGGGAUUUGCAAUCGAUGUGACCAGAGGCUCUCCGUUCUCGUCUCUUGUUUCUUUCGCCUCGCAAAGAGCCUCUGGAACCAGGGUAUGAGCUCACGAGAAAAUACUCAGAAUGCUCUAGUUAGCUAAAUAUCAUGGUUACAUAUGUAAAAAUGUCGAGGUUGUUAUACAGCCGUAUUUUCAAGUGUACUAUACAUUAACAAGCAAAUUUACUGUACUGUGCUACAGCAACUGUCCAGUCAUGUAUACGUGAUAAAAAUCCAAUAAAAACUUUAUAAACAAAAGAUAAUGUAAAACCGUGGAUAAUAAAAUAAAUGGAUAGGACUCUCGCUGACGUAAGCAAAAACAACCUAGUUGCAAUCUGUGACGUCACGCGUAUUGCAAAGUUCUCUGCAUUUUUGUUGUUUUGCUAUAUUUUCCGCCUUAAAAGAGCAAUAUUGAAGCAUAAACCGGUCUCAUUGUUUUAAAAACAUGCCUAAGCCACGACAAAGUAUUCAAGGUAAAUGUUUUUCGUCUUUGUUUUGUAUUUUUUUACAUUUGUAGCUACGAAAUUGGCGUCCCCAAUUUUAACGAAAUUUGGGAUGCCUUUUUCACUGUUUAGUGCUUGAAAUAUUUGCUAAAAUUGACUGGGAAUACUUAGAGAUUUCAUCGUAUAGAAUGGCGUAGUUACAUUCAUUUGCUCUUUGACUAUUAUUGCUAAACAUGCCGUUUUUGAGAAUUUGGUUUGCAACUAGGUUUCAACAUCCAAUCACGCCAUCAGCCCAUUGAAAACAUUAGAUCACGUCAGCUAGUUUCCUAUCCAUUUAUUUUAUUAUCCAUGGUAAAACGUAACAGAACGGCGAACAUGCAGAUUUGGACAUCUCUAAUGAUGGUAAUGUAGGGAUAGUAGCGUUGCAGACUGCAGAGGAGAGUGGGCAGUAAGGCUCCCUCGUGCACCACCCCAUGGAAAACCUGCACCCCUCCUUGCAGAUAAGGCUAGAUCUGCCCCUGGUUUUGAGAUGACCAGAACCUUUCGGAGAAUUGUGUAGAAAUCACAGUUUUUAAAUGUUCGCUUUCUUUCCUUUUCAGGAACAUUAGAAAGUUUAGAACAACUAUAUUUAAACGACAACGAAAACCUACAUUAUUUACCAUACGAGUUGGCUUUGUGUGCCUCGCUACAAAUUAUGAGUAUUGAAAAUUGUCCACUUAGUCGAUAUCCACCGGAAAUUGUCGUCGGAGGCCCGUCCAUGGUGAUACAGGUAUGUUAAUACAGGAUUUUUUGGGAUAGGUCGUACUGAGUUUCACAACCGAUAAUGGUAAUUCAUAAUAUGUUGAUGAGAAAUUGUAUUGUUGAUGUGGCGAGCCAGCCCAAGUACCCAAGCUGGCCCGAUUUAGGCGAGAUCCCGCCUUUGUUAUUGUUUCCUACUAAAUUUCAUUUGGCGUUUAUAUGGGAACCGAGCUGGCCCACCUAAGCAAGAUCCCGACUCGACUGACCGAGAUCUCGCGGGCUGGGAAUCUCGAGCUGGAGUGUUAUUGCUCUGUUCACGCAAAAUAAUAUAUUGAGCUGUAAAUAAGAUUUCUUCAACCGAUUUCGAUCGUAAAAUGUCUCUCUGUGCACGAUUCCGCCAUGGGUAAUAUUCGUGGAAGUUGCUAGCGAACGUGCGAAUUUCAGGUUCGCGAAAAAAUAUAUUAUUGUUAUACUCUUUAGCGGUGAGACCAGUGGUUUGUUUUGGCGAGUCAGCCCACCACCUCAAAAGUCUCGUGUAAAUUUUUAGAUUUUUAAUAUAUUUCUCAAGCGGCUAACGAACUUAAAAAGUAUGUUUAGUGAAACAUUAUGCUAAAAUGAAGAGAUUUAAAUGGACGCCAAAGAGAAAAUGAUAUCUCAAGUUCAAUAAGUUUUGCUUAUAUUCUUGUAUAAAUGUGGCGUCAAUUUUACAGCAUCAAUGAUAAUUGUAUUUAAAUUGACCAUAUUUAGCUAUUGUGUUUCUCAACCGCCAGAUUCAUUUAAACUGUGUAAACUACAAAAUAAAGCUAAAACAAAGUACGACUUUAAGUAACACUUCUUGGGUCGCGAUGAGCUUUCACGUUGCUUGAAAGACGUCAUAAAUUAAUGCUUAGUUUAACGUCGUGUUGAGAAAGACAAAGCCGUUGAGAAUACUCCUACAUGGGACCACAAAUUAUUCGCAGUUUUUGUCUUGCAUGAGAAAUUUCUUUGUUUCAAAAGCGCGUCGUUGAGGGGCCGCAUCGUAGAUCUUAAAAUUAAUUAAAUUAAACCCUCUAUUGCCUUAGGUCCUGUCUUGUACCUAAACCCUGCUUGUCCAGGGCUCCAAAAUCGAAAUAGCGGGCUGCCAAUGGCCAAACGGGUCAUAUUUUAGAUAAAUAAAAAAAAUGGCAGGUGAAAUUCUAUAUAGAUAUAUUUCAUUUAAUUUGCUUACCACAACUCAUAUAUACUAGAUCAUUUAGUUGACUAAAUAUAUGUUUAUAUUCGAAAUGUAAAUCCAAGUUACUGUAGUAAAAUAGACAAGUUUAAAAAUAAUAAAAAUGCAUAUCAUGAAAGCAUUGAUUUUUACAAUAUGACUCAUAUGAGACGUCGCCAUUUUGGCAGUUCAAUGAACAAAAAUGGCAGGCUAAAAUUUAUUUCACAUGCCAAAAUAUUUUAGAGUGGCAGGCCAUAUUUUUUCUUUACUUCGAGCCCUGUGCUUGUCCUAUACUACUAAUACAAUUAUUUUGUGUUCCAGUACCUUCGUUUCCAGGGCCCGUACCGCGUGAUGCAAAAUGAUCCCAACCAGGUGCCUGUAUCAGACCUGUAGUCUUGGGGGACCUCUGUGGCCGUGCGUGACACAGGGACUGGGCCUAGAAAAUAUUUCGUGUGAAAAAAUUUUAAUAGUUUUAAGAAUUUUAUCCUAAGGGAUGACCGCCGGGGUGUAUAUUUUACUUAGAGUGGAGUUUACUUAAUUAAGGAUGGUUCCAGCUAUAUAUACUAAAUUUUGAUCCGGACAAGACGGACGAAAUCUAUCAUUAUGGCUGAAAAGAACAUCCUUAAAUUAGUAAAAUUGCUAAAUUUGGUGGCAAAAUGUUGUAAAAUACGGAAAAUAUAGCCUUGUGAAAUUAGCAAAAUUUGAGUAUUUUAGUAUUACGCGCGGGAAAAUGCGCCACCUUUGACGCGCGGGAAAAUGCACGACUUUUGAGGCGAAAGUGGUGGCUUUUUUCCGCGCGAAAUACUAAAAUACUCAAAAUUUGCUGAUUUUACAGGGCUUAUAUUUUUCGUAUUUUACAACAUUUCGCAACCAAACUUUGCAAUUUACUAAUUUUAGGAUGCUCUUUUGAGCUAUAAUGAAAGAUUUCGCCUUUCUUGUCCAGAUCAAAAAAUUAGUCGAUAGCUGAAAUCAUAAAUGACCAUUGGAACAGUGCAGCACUGCACACGUAAAAACGCACAAGUUGUUAACAAGGUUGCAGCAAGGUUGUUUAAAAUUGCAACAAGGUUGUUGUGAAGCCGAUAUCAGGAUGUGUUCGCACUGCUUGUUCCCAGUUGUUGUGACAAGUCUGGAACGAGUUGUUAUCACCUUGUUACAAGGGUGGGUAGUAGCGAAGUAGUAGUAGUUCGCUACUGUAGCGAACUACAAUUUUCAAGUAGCCAGUAGUUUUUGACUACUUUUUUAAAACAGUAGCUGUAGUUAUAGCGAACUACAUUUUGCCUAAAAGUAGCCAAAUACACCCUUUUCAUAAAUGGCUGCCGAUUAAAAAUUCUUUUAUGUGCAUAUAAAUUGGCCCAACUAGCCUCGUUUCUGGGUAGAAAUUCCUUUGAAAUCUUAACAUGAGUACGAGGCUAGUUGGGCCAAUUUAUAUGCACAUAAAAGAAUUUUUAAUCGGCAGCCAUUUAUGAAAAGGGUGUAUAGUUGACUACUUUUCAAACAGCAAAUCGCUAUUCGCUACUUUUUAAAAUUGUUAGCAACCGUUCAUAGAAUAGAAUGAUAUUAAGACACGAUUUGCUUAAAAGAUUAUUUUAUACAGUAAAGAUUGUUUUAGCGCAAUGAAAAUUGGCACUCCUGAACACUGUAUAGUGCUUACAAAAAUGUUGCUUUGACCCUUUUUGUUUACUGUUGCUACUCGUAAGUCGAUUUGUUAUAGGUUAUAUUACAGCCUGAGUUAGUGGAUGCUCCAAAUACCGUAAAACUAAAAAAUAUAGAGUAGCGAAAUAGCGAAAUAGUUCGCUACAUUUUUUAAGCAGUAGCUGUAGUCAGUAGCGAACUACCUUUGUUCAAAAGUAGCAGUAGUUGUAGCUGACUACAUAUUUUUGAAGUAGCUGUAGUUAUAGCGAACUACAAAAAUUUUGUAGUCAACCCACCCUUGCCUUGUUACAAGGUUGAUGACGGUAACAGACUUGAUAUAAGUUGUUCCAUAGCCUAUCGAAGAGAAGAUGGCUGUGAAAGUCAUUAGAAUAACAAUAUAACUCAUUAUCUAUGUUGGUCAACGUUACUCAUAAAUCUGGUCCUUCACCGUCACGUGUGUAUUGUAUUCUUACCCAACUAACCAAUAGCAAUGUCUUAGGAAAGUUACCUAUCCGUGACUCGAACAAUAGGGAAACUGGAAAUUGCUAUUGGUAGAUUUGGUAAAAAUACAAUACACACGUGACGGUGAAACGACCAGAUUUAUGAAAAAACGUUGACUAACAUAGAUAAUGAGUUACAUUGUUAUUCUAAUUAGUUUCACAGCCAUCUUCCCUUCGAUAGGCUAUGGUUGUACCAGAGAGACUAAUACAGGCUGUUCGUAACAAGUUGCUACGAGCUUGUUGUCAUCAACUUGUUAACAACUUGUUACGUGCAGACGAUAUCAGACUUGUUGGAACAACUUGUUGCGAGUCUGUUAGCCUUAUCAACCUCGUGACAAGAUGAUAACAACUUGUUCCAGACUUGUCAGCAACUGGGAACAAGCAGUGCGAACGCGUCUUUGUUGGCAAAUGAGAUUUUUACGCGUGUAGGUGCUCAACUGUGAAUGGAAAGACAAUUAUCGUGGUAGCUAAGUUGACACUCCGUUACUCUAUGUAAUGGCCUUCAACGAAUUAAAUUCGAAAACAGCAAUUAGCCGUUGUCACAUUAAAAGACGGACAAGUCGUUUUUGUUUAGACGAACAAAUCGUCUUAAAAUCGUCUCUUAGUCGGACAAAUCAUCACAUGUGAAAACGUGUCGGACAAAAUUUUAGACGAACAACUAGUCAUCUGAAGUUGUUCGACUACUUAAUUGUCCGUCUGUGAUUACGAUUAAAAGAGGGACCACUUGUCCGUCUCUAAUAAGGCAAUUUCUAAAGGUUCACUUUUUAGACACUAUGUAAUGCGCUUGUUUAAUAACGUUGGUAUCCAAUACUAGAUUCCCAUUAUUACGUUUUCGCAGCGCUUUGCAUUGUGGUUAUAGUGGUAUCACUGAUAUUCAAGAUGGCUUAGUUAUUUUUUGUCCUGACCCGUGCAAGAACUUUUAAAAAAAGCUAGGGUCAGGUGCGCGAUAGCCAACAGCAAAAUAUUCGCGAAAACGUUCAAUAUUUUCAUUCGAGGCCGCUAUCUUUAUCAGUGAUACCACUAUAACCACAAUGCAAAGCGCCACGAAAACGUAAUAAGGGGAAUCAUCAAUGUUACAACCUCAUAUACCCAGAGCCUUUGCGCAGAAGCCCUGGGUACGAGGUUGAUCCAGUAUUAAUGGUUCAGAGUGUCCACUGCGCGUCCAAACGACGCGUUAUGCGUCAAGAUAGAUUGAUGUGUUGAACUAUAACAUUUAGAAAGUCAGGGUUUAUAAUCCAAGUGAGUAUAUAUACAUUUUAAGACCUGACCAGGAACGACUGCGAAAAAUGUAGCACAAGGUAAGGUCCUCUGGUAGAGGACCUUGUGCUGCAUUUUUCGCAGUCGUUCUUGGUCAGGUCUUAAAAUGUAUAUGUACUCACUUGGAUUACAAACCCUGACAUUCUAAUAUUAAUUCACCAAGUGAAGUGCAAGAAACAUUCAUGUAGCUGCAGAUGAAUUCGAAUAUGAAUAUCAAAAUAUUCAACUCUUCAAUUGUCAUUUGAAUUUGCAAAAAAGUUGCUUAAAAGAUUAAAAGAAAUUGGUUUUCGUACGAUUGACUCGCUUAAAAUUAGAAAAUAUAAUCCCUGAUCAAGUGUACCUUUCUUUAUUUUCGCAAGAAAAUUUUCUUUAUAUAUAUUUGAGAGAAGAAAGGACAAAAUAUGCUAGGACAAACAUUUAUUGACAGUUCUAUUGUGGCCAUAAGUAAAACACAAAUAAUGAUUGAACAUUUCAAUACUUUGACAUGCAUAUAUUUAAUGCUUCCAUGUUACGAUUCAACCGCGAUUUACUCCGACGCACAACACGUCAAUUUUGACGCGCAGUCCAGAUCUCUCAAUUGGCUUUCGAAAACUCACAUGGCUAAUUAUACUGUGCUAUCGUUUUUGUUUACGAAAGCGUAGAAUUGGAAAAAGGGGUAGUCCACAAGCAUUUUGUCUAGUCUUGCAGUUGUUUAAAUAUUUUUAAAUGUAGCACGCAGAAUAUUGUAUAAUUCUUGGGAAAAUAUGAUGUAUUCUGCAUGAAGAAGAUUUUACAUGUAUAUAGAAAUAAAUAGCAAUUUGAACAUUAAAAAUGAAAAUCUCCAAACUAAAGAAUUCGUACUCUAACGUAUUCGACCAAGUUCCCUUGUCGAAGCCAUCAUGAUAACAAACAAUAGCGGUCUAAGUCCACUAUAGGCCAGGGUUUUUUUUAAAGAAUUCGUCAGGGGGGGUGGCACAAUUUACAGAAAGGGACCAUACUGUACUGAAUAUGGAGAGAUGACAGAUGGUUGUUGGUGAAAAAAAG